CACGAUCUGAAUGCAUCUGCAUCUUUUUAAGUUUAUGAGUGUGAAACUUUAUAUAUUUAAGUGUGAAAGUUGUUGUCAGUGCUUGUAGACAUGGAGACAACAUUUGUGGUGAACCCUCUCCUCCUGGCCAUCCUUUUUUGUCUUCACCUCCACUGCCACCUCCUUGUCCAAGGCGCAAUGGACUCUUGCUAUGAUGAGGAGGGCACCCCGAGCCGCUGCAUGCCCAAAUUUGAGAACGCUGCCUUCAAUCGCACAGUCCUGGCAUCCAAUGUGUGUGGUUCUCCACCGGAGGACUACUGUAUGCAAACGGGCUCGACCCGGUCAUGCCACCACUGUGACGUGUCCGGCCCGGGCCUCAGCCACAAUGCCAGCCUCCUGACAGACUUCCACACGGAUGAGGAGCCCACAUGGUGGCAAAGCCAGUCCAUGUACUAUGGUGUUCAGCAUCCCAACUCUGUCAACCUCACCCUGCACUUGGGGAAGGCCUUUGAGAUAACCUACGUGCGACUGAAGUUCUACACCAGUCGGCCGGAGAGCUUCGCCAUCUACAAGCGUACAGAGGAGGGUGGACCCUGGUUGCCCUACCAGUAUUACAGUGCCUCUUGCAGGAAGACCUACGGGAAGGAUGCCAAAGGUUAUAUUCGACCAGGGGAGGAUGAGAGGACGGCUGUAUGUACGGAUGAGUUCAGUGAUAUCUCCCCCCUGACUGGAGGCAACGUGGCUUUCUCCACCCUAGAGGGACGGCCCAGCGCCUACAACUUUGACCAGAGUUUAGUGCUGCAGGAAUGGGUGACAGCCACAGACCUGCUCAUCUCUUUGGACAGGCUCAACACCUUUGGAGAUGAGUUUUUCAAGGACGCCAAAGUGUUACGCUCGUACUUCUAUGCCAUCUCCGAUUUCUCUGUGGGUGGCAGAUGCAAGUGUAAUGGCCACGCCAGUGAGUGUGUUCAAGGCGAGCAUGGCGGCCUGGUCUGUGCCUGCCAGCAUCACACAGUGGGAGUGGACUGCCAAAAAUGUCAUCCUUUUUACCAAGACAGACCCUGGGCCCGGGCCACUGGGGACUCCGCCAAUGAGUGUUUGAUGUGCAACUGCAGUGGGAGGUCGGACCAGUGUGUGUUUGACGUGGAGCAGUACCGGAGCACCGGCAGUGGGGGGCGCUGUUUGAACUGCAGAGACAACACCAACGGGCCCCACUGUGAGCGCUGCAGAGAGCAUCACUACAGGAGCUCACCUCAGGAGCCCUGCCUGCCCUGCAACUGCAACAGCAAUGGCUCAGUCAGUCUGCAGUGUGAUGCAGAGGGAAGGUGUGCGUGUCUAGCUGGUGUGACAGGGGAGAAGUGUGACACAUGUCAGGCUGGCUUUCACUCGCUCGGCCCUGGCGGCUGCAGGCCAUGUGACUGUGACCCCAGGGGGAGUGUGGGAGCCUGCUCUCCGCAGGACGGACGCUGUUACUGCAAGGCAAACACUGAGGGACAGAGCUGUGGCAGAUGCAAGCCAGGCUUCUUCAAUCUGCAACAAGAAAACCCAGCAGGCUGCCAGUCGUGUUUCUGCUUCGGCCACUCCCUGGCCUGCUCCUCGUCUCAUCAUUACGCUGCUGUCAACAUCACUUCUGACUUCAUGGAAGAUCAGGAUGGCUGGACAGGAGAAUUUUCCGGAGAGCAGGAGUACCCCCUGCUGUGGAAGGAAGGUGAAGUCUACCUGCUCCCUCUCACUGAAGAAGACAUUGGCUUCUACAAAGCUCCCGAGAAGUUCCUGGGGCGACAUGUGUACAGCUAUGGACAACCCCUCUCCAUCACCUUCACCUCCGAGACCCCAGAUCUGCUCCCCAGCGUUGUCACCCUGCUCCUCGAAGGUUCUGGAUUCACCCUGUCUGCUGACCUCUCACACCAGCCAAUGCGUAACCAUGAGCUUGGCCCUCCACCCCUGCGCACCUUCACUAUCAGGCUUCAUGAAGACGAGAGGAGAUUUGAACCGUCACUCUCCACCUUUGAUUUCAAACAGCUGCUUUACAACCUGACAGCCCUCAGAAUCAGCAAUGCAGGAGGACAAAACUACACAUCCCAGCUCGCGAGGGUAACCUUGGCCUCGGCUUCCUCCUCCUCCUCUGCUCCGGCUGAUGGCCCUCCUGCACCGUGGGUAGAAUUCUGCUCCUGUCCCCCAGGUUUUGUCGGCCGGUUUUGUGAGCAGUGCGCCCCGGGAUUCACCAGGGAGGUCCCAGGCAGAGGGCCCCUCUCCACAUGCCUGCCCUGCAACUGUCACCAGCAUGGACCCUGCCACCCAGAGACAGGUGUUUGCGAAUGUUCACACUUCACCGCCGGGAUGACGUGCGAGCACUGCCUGGAUGGUUACUAUGGUAAUGCUUUGAUUGGCACACCUGGUGACUGCCGACCUUGCCCUUGCCCGGAUCGGACCAGCUGUGUCCAAAUUGCAGAGACAGGGGAGGUGGUCUGCACGAACUGCCCCACGGGACAGACUGGGAAACGCUGUCAGAUGUGUGAAGAUGGUUACCAUGGUGACCCCCUGGGGCAAUCUGGGCCGAUUCGGCCAUGCGUGAGAUGUGACUGCAACGGUAAUGUGGACCCCAACGCGGUGGGCAUAUGCGAUCACAUGACUGGAAGAUGUCUGAAAUGCCUGGGACACACGGAGGGCGACCACUGUCAGCGCUGCCAGCGGGGUUUCUAUGGCGAUGCCCUGAACCAGACGGCCGGACAGAAGUGCAAGCCUUGCGGUUGCAGUCCUGCUGGGACUUCCGGGCCGGUAAACGAAUGCCAUCCGGAGACAGGUGAUUGUCAGUGCCUGAGUCGCGUGACGGGACGGGAUUGCAGUCACUGUGAAGUCGGUUUUUUCAACCUACAGCCUGGAAUAGGAUGUGAGAGGUGCAACUGUGAUCCAAUCGGGUCGUCGUCCACCGCGUGCCAUCCGGUCACAGGGCAGUGUGUGUGUCGUGCAGGAGUGGAGGGGAGGCUGUGUGAUUCCUGCCGCGCUGGCUUUUUUGGAUUCUCCUCACGAGGUUGCAGAGCCUGCAACUGUGAUCCUAUGGGCUCCAUUUCCAUGCAGUGUCAUGGUAAUGGCACCUGCCUCUGCCGCCAGGGCUUCGUGGGUUAUAAAUGUGACAAGUGUGAGUUGAACUAUUACCACAACAGAGCCACACACCAAUGUGAGGAGUGCCCAGUGUGCUAUGGGCUUGUCAAAGAGCAGGCAAAAAAGCUGGGGGCUCGCCUGCAGGAUCUGGAGAAACUCCUGGCCCACUUUGAUUGCCAAGGUAGAUUUGGGCACAGAAAUCACCUGCUGAAGUAUCACAAAGACAGACGUCAUGAGUAUGAGCACCAGCGGGAGGAUGCCUUACCCAACGCUCUGGAGGAUUUCCUGGCCUUCCAAGAGGCGCGGGAGGCCUUCAUAAAGCAAUUUACAGUGCUCGAGGCUUCCACGCACACACUCUCAUCCCAGCUGCACCGCAUUACGACUGCUUUGAACUGUGGCAUCAGCACGACAGAGGAAGAGGGGAAGGAGAAGGGGGAGAAGAAUGAAGGGAGCAGCGUUGUGUGUAAAACCUUCACAGCAUCCGCGCUGACGAUCACAGCGUCUCAGAAGCAGCUGAAACAGGCCACCAUGGACCUGGACAAUAUGAUCAUCCCUUUUAAGGCGGUGUCAGGACCCAACAAGUGGAACAUUAUGGUCAAUGACUCACAGGCCCUAAUGAAAAGGCACAGGGAAAUGGCAGAGCACAUCGAGGCUGUGGCUAGCAGGGCAUUGAGAGCCUCAAAGCAAACUUUCAGUCUCCUGAUGGAUCUACUGCAGGACAACUCCACAGAGGAGUACAUCAGGAACCUAACGGAGCAACUAUCGGAAAUGCAACAGAAGAAAGAAAACCUGACAGCGCAGGUGAAUGAUACUGUAGCCAAACAGCUGGCCCUGCAGGAGAAAUCUGCUGGGUUCAAUGUUGCCCUGGGUAACAUCACAUCAUCCUUGCGUCAGCUGGCUCUGACAGAUGCCAUCCCAUCACCAGACCCUGACCGCACAGAACUCAACCUAACACAUCAAACUGGCAGCUCACCAGAGCAGGGCGUUGAACUGCUGAAAAAGACAAAAGAGCUGGAACUGCAUGUCCGGACUAAAGAGGAUCUCGUCAGCAAAAUCAGAGAAGAGAUGGAUCCUCUUAUACAGACUGCCAACAAGAACCUCGAGAUGGUGGACAGCAUCUAUGAGCUGAACGCUCACGCUCAAGGAGCAAAGGUCACGGCUUUGUCGUCAGUGGUGGCGGUGAAAAAGGUUGAGUCAGAAGCCAUUACCUUACACCGAGAACUAGAGGACAUGCAGAGAGAGUGGCCCCGACGGGAGGCUCAGACCAAGGCUGCAGUGAGGAAGGAGAGACCCCUGGAGGAAAAAGUCCUUGCUGAUGUCAAGAAGAAAGUGAAACAGAUAGAGAAGAUGCUGAAGCCAGCUGUGGACAACUCUAGUCUUUCCACUAACACAUCUGAGGAAGCGGAAUACACAGCACAUGCUGUGGCAAAGGAAUCCAAGGCCAUCCUGACUCAGGCCAAACACACCAGGACUGCAUCUGCCCGGCUUAGCUCCCAGAUAGACACAACUCUACAGCAGCUGGCUGAGCAGGAGAUUCUGACUGCCAAAGCACACUCCAAAAUCACCUCAGAGUCUGAGGUAUCCCUGAGCAAUGUGAAAGAGGACAUAGAGGCAGCCAAGCUGCAGUUGGAGACUUAUUCUCUUACACUGACUGAGCUAAUCAGUAAGAUCGAUGGGAAAGUGCCACUGGAGCGCUUUGACCGCAUCCUGAAUGAGACAGCACGGCGCCUGAGCAUGCUGCGUGGGAGCGUGGCGAGCCCGGCGCUGGGCUUGAAGAUCCAGAAGUUGCAUUCAGUGGCCAAGGAGCAGCAGAGCCAGCUGUCCCGCAUUGAGCAGGACUUACAGGAGAUCAGGGAGGAGAGGGACAGUCUCAGGGACAUCAGCUUAAACCUGCCUCAGUUCUGCCCCCAGGCCACAGGAACGGGCAAGGGCUAGGCAUGUGUGGGGGAUAAAGCCACUGAUAAAACAGCUGAAAAUCAAAAAGGUCGGGAAAGACUCUGAUAACAGGGACUGCAGCUAUCUUUUAUUUCUGCUUCCUCUAGGAAAGACAUAGAUGUCCUUUCAGAUUCUUCAGUUUUAUUCCUCUUUCCACCCUUUGCCCCAAGGUACAAUUUUACUGUCCCAGCACAUAUGCACACACACUUUUCAACACUACGGCCUUAUCCUCUGUCUCCCCCAAAUGACUUGCUCUUCCUUCCCCCUCACUAUGAUUUCUUUCAUUCAGUUCAUCCCCCACUCUCUUUUGACCAACAACAUCAGAAGUUUAAUUUAGCCGUGAAUAAUAACUAGCCAUUCUGAGCCACUGGAGUGCACUGUCAAGUUUAAAAUAAUGCUGAUUUUCCUUUGUGGGGGUAGAAGGUGUGUCUGAGUGCUUCUCCAGACUGACAUAUUCAUUUACACUUGAGCUCUUUUUCAUCAGUCUGCGUUAAUUAACAAUUAGUCCUUUUGGCCUCGAUGGGGUUCAGGUCAGGCUUCAACAGCACACAACCUCGGUUAGGGAUUCUUGUAGUGCCUGCCUCUCUGUUUUGUGGUUUUUCUGUUUUUUUUUCUCUCUGUCUCUCUCUCUCUCUGUCCCUGUCUCUCUCCCCCUCCCCUCUACCAGUUUCUCUCUCUCACUAUUAUAUGUCAUCAUCAACCAUCAUCUUCCUCAAAUGAAAAAAGAAAAGUUCAAGUCAUCCACUGGUUUUUGGUUAUUGUUGGCCAUUCACACUGCCUGGCUCCUGAUGAAUGACAGCUAAUGAUCAUUUCAUGACUAAUAAUCUGUUGAAGGUCUCAUGAAAUGUGGAAAAAUGAUGUAAGUGAUGCAAUAUUCUGGAUUCAUAAAGACUCACAGAAGACUCACUGAUCUGGGAUCAGUUACUCUUUAACACUGAUGAGCAUAGAGACAAGUGGUGGUGGUUUCCAUUUGGGAGUCUUUACGAACACGAUUUAGAACUUAUAUCCUUUGUGUCCCAAUGCAUAGCUCCAUGUGUGUUUGUUUGUGUGUGUGUGUGUGUGUGUGUGUGUGUGUGUGGGCAUGAGAAUGUGAGGAGUGGCAGAAAGAGAUCUCGGACCUGAGAAUUUCAAAUGACACAUUUUUGUAAUACGCUCUUUUGGUAACAGGAUCGCUUUUAUUGGGAAACCCUGUUUGUUAUUUUCUCAACAUCUGAAAUAGCAGAACUAUACAAAAAUAUACUGUAUACAGUGCCAGAUGCUGGUUUUAAAGCAACCUAUUGAUUGUAGUGUCUACACCAAUAAAACAUUUUAUAACA